AAAACGUCUAUUAUAAUAUAUAAUAUUUGUCGAUGGAAUGCAGAAAUGCAACACAGAAUUUGCCAACAGAAUAUUAAUAUAGUGCAUUAUGUAGAAAUCGAGUAAUAUUUGUCGUUUAGCAAGUAUUUAAGUGAUGUAUUCCAAUUAAUGAAUUUUUUACAGCUUUAUGUCGACUUUGCGACCAAGCUUUGAUUAACUUAAGUCAACAGAAAGAAUGAUCUACGAUAAAUCUUCUUAUUAUAUCAUUUGUUGUCCUGAUUUAAUCUUCUUUUCACAACUUCGUCAAACAAACAAUUAAUAAUAUAUUCCAUCUAAAAUAGUACAAAACAGUACAGUUAAUAGAAUUAACAACAGUACAGUACGCUAACAGAUUGCUCGAACAUUGUUUGAUAAGUUCAUAAAAAAAAUUAAAAAAAAACACAAGGCGAGUGCACUUCCCCCAGAGUCCCUGGUCGGUCACGCGUCACGCGGCUCGUCCGCCGUCAGCCGUGCGACGUGCGAGUCUGGCGAGUCAGUCAGUAAUCAGUCGUUGACGAUCAACGCGCGAGUUGAGACGUCCGUCGUGAGUAUUCGUGCAUUUGAAAUACACACACGAUCGGCAGAUACACAGCGACAGCAGCAGCAGAUAUUCGCCAAGCGAUUCCAUGAUCACGCCCGCGAGAAACGUCGAUUUGCCAGAACGCUCAAUCUUUCUCGGCAGCAAGGCGCAUCGAGCGUUUAGGAAAAUGCCGAUUCUGUCCCAGCUGUCGCGCCGAUUUCACGACAUGCUGACGACGGACGCGAAACCGGAUCCGCCGCGAACCGGAAGUUACGUGCACAAUCUUUCGCCGAGCGCGGACGAGGAGUCGACGAAAACGCAGUCGAAGUCGAUGCCCGCCACGCCGGAAAAGGAGAAGGAUGACGUAACCGCGUCGAUGCAGAGACAAAGGUCGGUGCCGAAUGACGCGAGGCCGACGACACCCACCGAUUUUUGUACGAAGCCGGAAGAUCUCGGCGACACGAGGCCCACGAGCGAGUCGAAGGAGUACAAACGGCCAAGGACGAAGACGAAACCAAAAUAUAGCAAAUAUACGCAAGGCACGAAUAUCGUAAAUUACAACAUAGUCAAUUCGAGUGGAGUGAAGAUCGGCUCGCGCACGAGCUACAUAUGCAAUGUAAAUCAGUGUCCGGCGAACAACAAUGCGGCACAGUCCGAGACGGCUUCGAAGCCCAAGUAUCGGCCGAUGCCCGAAAACGUGGAGGAGAUGAGCACGUGCGAGGAGGAGCUCGGGUACGACGACAUGUUCAUUAUUAAGACACACGUCGGGCACGGAUGGCGGGACGUCGCGAGGAGGCUCUCGUAUUCGGACGGGCAGAUCGAUCAGUUCGAGGAGAAUUACAGGCACAAGGGUAUCGACGAGGUAAUCUAUCAGCUGCUGCUCGAUUGGAAGCAAGCCAACACACGGGACGCUCAACUCGGCACGUUAGUUACCAUACUGUGGUCCUGCCAGGAAUACGACUGCGUCGAGCGAUUAGUUGCAGCUCGCAAGAAUCCGUCUUAGUUGAGCGCUGCGCGCAAAAAAUUUCUAAUUAACGCUUGUACAUACGCGAACGAUUGUGAUUUUUUUUUACUCGAGAUAGCAUUCCAUUAUUUUUAUACAUAUCAUAUUUUAGCGCGUAGUUAAUAGACACACGGUAUACGCAUCGUUACGAAGAUCGUUUUACAUUCGUCUGACACGUCAGAUAGGCCGAAAGAAUAUUGUCUAGACCAAAUUCGUAUUCAAGCCUUGAUUUGGCAUUGUACGGAACCGCGAUGAGCCUGCGUUUCAAGUAGAGACAUGAUCUGGUUUUUGAUACGAAGGUAUCAUGGACGAACCUGUAACUGUCGCUUUGCGCGAUACACACGUCUACACGUAAUAUUGCAAUAUGUAUGUGCAUAUGUGUAUACAUACAUACAUACAUUUUUUCUACUUAUCCUUAAUUUUGUAAAAUCUAACAGAAAUAAACAUGCAAUUCUUUAAAUAUUAUAUAUAUAUUUUUUCAGUCAUACAAGUCCAUAUACAUAUGCGUUUAUGUUACACAUUUAAAAUAAAUAUUGAAUAUGAUAAACUUAAACCGUAUGCAUGUGCAUACAUCAACAUCCUGUAAUUAAUGUUUUCACUUAAGUUUUCAGAUUAAUAUAAUUUACACAGCUAUUUUCUAUUUUUUUCCUAUCCUAAUAUUUUCGAAUUCUCAGAUUCUUUUUUUUAUAAAUAUAUACAUUCUGUGCAUUUUUAGCAUUCAUUUCUCUCAAACGUUUUACAAAAAGCUUUAAAAAAAAAAACAAAUUUUCGGAUAUAUUUAACAUUCUAAUACAAUCCCUCUUGUACUUUUCUAACAGAUUUUUUUGAUAAAGAAUUUAUCAUCCUUUAUGAAAUAUCUCCAUAGAUAUUUCAUGUCUUCCAAAAAUUUGACACUAAUAUUAUUUUGUACUCAUUGAUUUAAAAAACCUAUUAUAUCUAGUACUCUACAAAAGGAUUUAAAUGCAUAAAAUUAUUUCAAAUAUUAUGUAAUUAACAAAUUGAUCAAUAAUAAUUGAAUUAAAUAUGUAUUAAGCCAGACACAAAUUUCUCGUUAAUAAUUCAAAUUGUAUUAAUUUUGUAAUUUGAAUACCGAUAGAAUGUAAAAUUAA